UGCGCGUGCUUAAAGCGCUCGGAGCAGAAUCCGAGCGAGCGGCCUGAGCAACCCCAGCCUGUGACACCACCUGGACCACGCGCCACUACAGCUUUCCCGGCAUGGAGGGCGAAUGCCGGGUGCUCUCCAUCCAGAGCCAUGUUGUCCGUGGCUACGUGGGUAACAGAGCGGCCAUGUUCCCUCUGCAGGUUUUGGGAUUUGAGGUUGAUGCCGUGAACUCUGUGCAGUUUUCAAACCACACAGGCUACGCCCAUUGGAAGGGCCAGGUGCUGAAGUCCCAGGAACUUCAUGAGCUGUACGAGGGUCUCAAGGUGAACGAUGUCAAUAAGUAUGACUACGUGCUCACUGGUUACACGAGAGACAAGUCUUUCCUGGCCAUGGUGGUGGACAUUGUGCGGGAGCUGAAGCAACAGAACUCUCGCCUUGUGUAUGUGUGUGACCCUGUGAUGGGCGACAAGUGGAAUGGGGAAGGCUCCAUGUACGUUCCCCAGGACCUCCUCCCCGUGUACAGGGACAAAGUGGUACCCGUGGCUGACAUCAUCACUCCCAACCAGUUUGAGGCUGAGUUGCUGAGUGGCAGAAAAAUCCACAGCCAAGAAGAAGCCUUCGAGGUGAUGGACAUGCUGCACUGUAUGGGUCCCGACACUGUGGUCAUCACCAGCUCUGACCUGCCCUCCUCACAGGGCAGCGACUACCUGAUCGCGCUGGGUAGCCAGAGGAUGCGGAAACCUGACGGCUCCACGGUGACCCAGCGCAUCCGGAUGGAGAUGCGCAAAGUGGAAGCUGUCUUCGUGGGCACCGGGGACCUCUUCGCUGCCAUGCUUCUGGCGUGGACACACAAGCACCCGGACAAUCUCAAGGUGGCCUGUGAGAAAACCGUGUCUGCCAUGCAGCACGUCCUACAGAGGACCAUCCGGUGUGCAAAAGCUGAAGCAGGAGAAGGACAGAAGCCCAGCCCCGCUCAGCUGGAGCUGAGGAUGGUCCAGAGCAAAAGGGACAUCGAGGACCCCGAGAUCGUCGUGCAGGCCACAGUGCUGUGAGGACCACACCCACUCGCCCCGACACACAGCCAGCUGAGGUGUCCGUCUCCAUCCCUGUGAAAAGCUGUAACGUCUGCCUUAGAGCCAUGACUGAAACUCGACAUCCGUGUUCCUUCCCGAGAGUCGGGUCUCAGCCAGUCUCUAGCGUGAAAAAUGUGCCAUUGUGCUAUUUUUUUAAAAAAUGACAAAGCCGUCGUAGAAAUGUGUGAUUCACAACCAUGGUCCCUUCCCCAAAGGCCCUGGGCCUCUGACUGCCUCAUGUUGCCUCAUAGGUAUGUGGAAGGUAGGUGGAGGAGACCAGCCUGCUGCCUCUGGACCUUUCUGUUGGUCACUGGCUGCCAUUGCCCCCUGUGUAUGUAUACACAGUCCUGAUUGUGUAUAGACUCUGCCUGUGUCGGCGCUGUCUUUAAAAUGGGGUUAGGUCUUAACCGUUGGCAUUGGAAGAAUUAUGCCAAAUAUCUUCUUUGCCAUUCUGGUCUUUCCCUUGUUCCUGCAUUAGAGUUUCUGUGUCUCUGCUGCUCUUUGGGUGGUGUCCCAGAAUGUCAGACGAAUGCAGCUGCUGGUCUGCGAGGGAAGGUUUCAUAUCCCCGUGCUUGCACAAGCAUGCGGUCACUGUGACAGGGACCUUUUAAGGAACGGGAACAUUCCAGGACAUCUGCAAGCCGUCUGGGUGUCUGCAGGGUCUCCUGUAACUCUGGAGCUGAGUGCAGGGCAGCUUGGGAAUUCAGGGAAGUUUGCCUCACUGGGCUUUUUUUUUUUUUUGGUUUUGGUUUUGGUUUUGAUUUUUCAAGACAAGGUUUCUCUGUGUAGCCCUGGCUGUCCUGGAACUCACUUUGUAGACCAGGCUGACCACAAACUCAGAAAUCCGCCUGCCUCUGCCUCCCGAGUGCUGGUAUUAAAGGCGUGGACCACCAUGCCCGGCUCUCACUGGGCUCUUGUGGGCACUCACACAGCCCCUGCAGGACUGUCAGGUGGCAGUUCACCUGCCACAUGCUGCUGGGGACAGUGCAUUGCUGCACAGGGGGUUGGACAGACAGGGAAGGAGAGACAGAGGUGGCUCCUGCCCCCUGGUGGCAGACUGAAGUGCGGGUUUUCUCCACUCCCCUCACCCUCAUUUCUGGAUUCUGUGCCCACCUCAUGCUGAGGGGCCAGGGGCCCUGAUGUGAAGCCAGGGCCUCUGCCUCCUUGGAAGGUCUUCUCCUCUACAGAGCACAUUGGCAUUGUGUAUGCAGGGGCAGCUCUUAGACCCCAGCUGGGGACUGUGACGUGUCCCAUUGUCUACUGCUCGGGGGUGAACUUCCUGGCUCUGCUUUCCAGAGUUUAGGGUCCCUAAUCAUGGCUGCGAGCCGCACCCAUAUCCCUGCUCCUCAGUCCUUAAGAUAUCUAUCUUCUGAGAAGCCACAGCCUAAGGAGACCAGGGAGACUGGGAGAGGUGAAGAGUGCAUUAUGCCUACCUCUUCCCCAGAAGCAUAGGGUCUCCAUGGAGCUCUGAGAGCGACACCCUUUCCCCAUUAUGAUGCCCCAGAUGGAGGAGAUAGAUGCUGGUCCACAUGGACCUGAACCAGCCCGUAUUCUGAGGUGUCCGUUAAUAAGCCUUUUACAGCUUUGAAGGAAGCAGAGAACUGGGCUCUCUCUCUCUCUCUCUCUCUCUCUCUCUCUCUCUCUCUCUCUCUCUCUCUCUCUCUCUCUCUCUGUCACACACACACAAUGUAAUUUUAAAAAGUACUUUGGUCAUCAGUACCCCAGGACAAGAUUAGCAAGCUCUCUGUUAAGGCCAUGAAGCCUGACAUGUGUCCAAACCUGGUGCCAAUGUGGCACCUCUGAGCCCCAAGAAAAAAGAAAGCAAAGACAGCAGGCCCCUAGUAUCCAAAUCAGAAUUGGCUUUUACUUUUACUUUAUUUUAGUAAGGAAGUAAUGUGCUUGGGAAGGAAGCUGCAUUAGCCCAGGGUUAGCCGCUUCCUAUUGGGGACAUUGAUUCUGUCUCAAAGUAUCUCCUUCCACCUCCUGAAUACUAGGAAGGAAUCACCACACCACAUAUGACCAGUGCUCCCUUUUAUUGCUGCUAUCUGGGGUGCCUCUCUUCCAGACAUCCACGCAGCUACCUGCACUGAGAGGUCCUGGAAAGCCAUGUCUGUCCAUGUGACAGAUGGAUGCUGACCACAAAAGCCACCAGUGGAUGCUAAGAAUGGGUGUCCCUCCAAGGGGCAGUUCUGGGAGGUCAGGUUCAAUGUGAGGUUACAAUAGAGCUGCAGUCUCUGUAGGGAAAGCGGUGAGUCAGGGAAGGCUUGAACCUGGUUCCCAGGUCUGAGUGAAUGUCACUCCCCAACCCCCUGAAUGAUAGAGACGCACCCUGGGAUGGAGGUGCGGCUGGACAUGCAUGUGCCAGUCCUGAUGCUUUCCCACACUUUCUGUGACAGCUGUAGAUGGUGCCAGUCCUGCAGAACCAGAGAAGAGAGGUUUCUACCUCCACUUGCAGUUUCAGUAUCCACCAGCAGGGGUCGGGGUGGAGCCGGAGCAGUGUCAGAGGCCCAGGUGGAUGCUGGUACCAGCAGAUUAAACAGCAGCCAUCCUGCUGGGAGAUUUGGUGGUUGUUUUUUACUGUGUACAUCUUUCUGUUGGGCCUCAGACUUGGCGUUGUGCAACACCUGACAGUAAGUGGGAGUCAGUGUGUCCCCAGGUCAGCCUGACAUCCCAGGAAGCCAUUGUGUCGUCAGCAUGGCCAGAACUGACAGUUUGUGUUUCCUUGCUGACUCUGGUUUAUUCUUGUGGCAGGCACCCUAGAGGCUGAGGCAGCAGGAGAGCUAUGGAGUAAGACACCCACACUCACACCGCCCACCCACCCACCUACCCACUCUUGCCUCCUUCCUUACAUCCUCCCUCCCUCCCUUCUUCCUUCUCUUCCUUUCUUUUUUAAUUUCUAGUGGAAUAAACACAAUUUUAAGAUUCCCCACUAUUGAAGCAGGCAGAGGAUAUCCUCAGAGCAGGCGUCUCCAUCUCCCUUGGAUUACCUCCCUGCUUGUGGCUGAGCUCCCCUGGGCCAGCAUCUCCUCAUUCCUUCCCCUGUUUCACCAUCAGGCAGUUUCUGGUCUUUGUGCAAUAGGAUACACAUUCCAGGUGGAAAAGGUCUCCCUGAUGCCGUGGGAACCCCACUCUGUCCCCGUGGGAACCCCACCCUGUCCCCGUCAGCUCUUGAAUAGCCAGUUAGGGCUGCCUCUGCCCUGAAGCUACAGAUGGGUGGGAACAGACAUCCAUGGCUGGAAGCUCCCAGAAGGCCUUGGGUAUAACCUUGGCCAUACCUCACUGCCCAUCCUAUAGAGCCAGCAGGUCCCAUGAGACGUUGGGUAAAGCCAUGACUGCACCUCAUGGCCUGCCUUGCAGGGCUAGGCAGUGCCCCAUGCAGGCAGGUGUAGGUGACUUGGACUGGGGGCUCUGGAAGCCUCUGAGCUGCCAGUUUCAUGCCUGACAUGGAGGAUAUGUCCGGGGGGGGGGGGGCGGUGACAGAACACAAUAGAGGACAUGGGCUUAGCAUAUCCUUCUCAUAUCCCACAGAGCAGGAAGAUCCCCUCAAAGCUCAGGCCUGAGUGAGUCCCAAAAAAACAUCCUGAAACCAUUUUCUGAAUGAUGGGGGAGGGGUCAGUGUUUUGUGAAUGGAGGAUGAGACACAGGCUCCUCAAAUGCUCCUAGCUUCAUAGCUGCCCAUUCCUGACACACAGCCUGUCAGAACUUCAGCCGUGUGUUGAGAACCUGGACCAAUUGGAGGAUGGGCUGCACCUGUGGGGCUGGCCCGACCCUGCUAGUCCUCCCCAGAGACCACCCCUCUGUGGAGUCCCCUGGCCUUCAGAGCAAAGCACAGUUGGCCCCUCAGUCCCUGCUGCGCAGGAGGGGUGUGCUCCGGGCUCAGGUGGUCUCCUGCCCAAGUCCCCAAGCCCUGUGUACUGUGUCCCCUGUCAAUGUGUUUGUGGACAUGAGCACCUGUCAGCACUGUGUAGCUGUGUCUGUUUUGUGCUGGUCUGUUGUCUUCUAUGACUAUCCACAAAUAAAUAUUUUCAUUGCA